AUCACAUCCGUACGCAUACUCCGUCGAAAUCAACGAUUUAAACCAAUUUUGAGCGAACGCAUAAAUAUCCGUGGAAUUGUGACUAAAACUUUAUUCAUUAAUUGCUGAUUGAUAUGGUCAGACACAAACGCGACGACGCAUCUCACAUUCUCACAUUCUAAUCGGCAAAUUUCGUUUUUCAUUUUAAAUUGACAUACAUAUUUUGAGUACUUAAUUUUUACAUUUUUUUUUUAUUUAAAAAAAAGGUGAAUUUGUCAUGUGGUUAAAGUUAUAAUGUUAUAUAUAUAGUUCGAAAAAAUGCAAAAAUUUUAAACUUCUAUGUAACGGAAUUCAAUUUGAUUUCGUUUGUUAAAUUUAUAGUUUUAUAUUUCCUUUGUUAAAUUCAGUUCAACAGAAAAGUAAAUAUAAUAUAUUUAAAAGCAAUUGUAUUGAGUAUCACAAUGCAUAGUCAAAAGUUUUUGUGUGCGACUGCUGUUCUACUCGGCCUUUUAUCAGUAACCACAGUGGACGCAUUUAAUUGCUAUCAAUGCAAUUCACAUUCGAAUCCAGAAUGUGCUGACCUACACGCUCAUCCACCGCAUAAAGUAGCUGGUUUUCAUCAGCAAUGCGAUGACAAAGAUUCUGAGGGGAACCCAGCAUUUUGUCGAACUAUAACUUACAAAUUCAAAUUCCUGAAAAAUACUGACCUAGAUGCCAGUCGGGUUGUCAGAACAUGCGGUUUUCAAAAAUCGCCAAAAGAUUGCUACACAGUGGAUAACGAUCAUCAUUUAGAGAGCGUUUGUCAGUGUUUUACAGAUGGUUGUAACUCUGCUGCCGGUAUCUCUGUUUUCGGCUUUCUUUUCACAUUAGUUAUUGCCUCUGCACUUUAUUUUGUAGCUUGAUAUUUUCACUCUAUUUAAUACAAUUGUAGCAAAUAUUGUACACAGUCAAAAGAUGAAAUAAAAUUUAUUUACACAUACACGAGCAAA